GUGACUUGCUAUAAAUUAUUAAUAAUCAAGGGGAGGACACAGAGAUGAAUUAAAAUACACUUUUUCGUUUUGUUAUGAGACGGUUGUUACGGAAGAUCCAGGGGGGCGGUGUUACCCUCCCCUUUUUAUGGUUCAAUUCCUUACUGCGCAAUUUCUUACCCCUCCGUUAGCGUCGUAUACACAUCCCUAACAACCCCCCUCGGCACCAGUGGCUAGCGUCGUUCAUCGCACCGCAGUUUGCUUCGUGAAAGGCGCGGUGCAUGUUACUCGUUUUAUCCAGACAAUAAAUCGUGGCAAUGUGUACUAGUAAUUGCUAAUAGUUAUGGUUUGUUACUUCUUUGACUAGUGAAAUAUAAUGGGUAACAGAUAUCCGCAGAGCAGACUCUGACGUGACACAAUCGUUAAAACAGUGCCAUCAACAUCUGGGGAUGAUUAACAGGGCUGAUCAAGUGCAGUAGUACUUGUUGAUCCUAUUACAGACGUUGGUGACGAUAAUUUGUGUGUCAUGGUGAUAACGUAUAACUUGAUAACACGGAGAAAUGUCUAGUUGGACAAUAGUAACGGGAGACGAUUGUUUAUAUUGAUACGGGAAUCCGUAGCCACACACACCGUAUGGUAUUAUUUUUAUCGGUGAUAGCAACGGAGGGGUGGUGUUUCAAAUUCUUGGUAAAACGGCUGGCAUUGAAAUAUUCAUGGUACAUUCAACCUCAUCUUUUCUUGGUGAAAUAUCAAAACACAAUGUGAAACGGCGCAAACACAAAUACAAAGGGAAACGUCACUGGUUUGUGUAGCUGCCUCUUACCUUCGGAUAACCGGAAGCUAUCGUCUGAGAUGCAUGGAUAUCCGGACGUCACAGCGAGUCAUUGAUCGUGGGUGGUGAAAGAUGAAAAUACCUAGUUUCUCGUUCUCACCGUGACGCAUCUCAGUGGAUUAUAUUUAAAGGUCAUAUCCCGUGAAACUCCUGGGUGAAUCUUUUAAUAGAAAUUGAUGAGAGUUUAAAAUAUAGGGUGAUAAAAAAAUCAUGAAAAUUGAGACAUUCGAGAGACUCAACAGAAAAGACGCAAAUAAAUAAAAACUAAAAUUUAAAAAACUGGUGGGCAAUGAACUUGCCAAUAGUGAUGUGGCAAGGAAUUGCCGAGAGGUUUAUUGAUCGUGUGCCCUCGUAAUUAUUGAGUUUUAAAUACGGGGAAUAAAAAUAAUAAUUGAAGAAAAAAAUACCCGCAAUGACGCGGUAUACGCGAAUUUUUCUAAGGAUGUCGGAGACAUCAAAAGUUCGUGUCAAGUUUCGUGAUUGAAGUUUAGAUUUGAAUCUUCAUGAGUAUCAACGAAUCAAUUGAUUGAGGUAGUUUUUUAAUCGCGAGUUUCAUUGAAAAAUGGAGUCUUCCCGAGUGACUAGUGGCUCUCCAGAUUGCCUGGAUUGUCUGGUAUUUUCUACGUCCACCACCAGGUGUUCACUCUGCGAACGUCUUCAGUGUAAUAAUAUCACUGAAUCUGAUGAAAUGACGUGUAAAUUACCAGCUAAUGUGGCAAUUUAUGACGAGGAUAAUAUGAGUUGUGAGAGAAUGAAGUGUCAGGGCUUUGCACGAACAAUGAGGACGCGAUCUGGAGAUUCACGUGGUGCAUCGAGUGUUGUACGAUGGCCACGAUCCCGUGAAAAUUAUUUCAGUCUUCUCAUUCUCAUCGCCGUUGUUUUGCUGGUUGCAUGUGUUAAUGUGACAGUUGCCGGAUUGAAUCUACCAACCAUUGGAAAACCAACGAAUUCCUCCAAAAAUGGUGUGUGCCAAAGCAUAGACAUAAGGAAUCACGUGGAUCAAUUUUCAAGACUAAGAGGAUGUCGUGUGGUAGAGGGUUUUGUACAAAUUCUACUUAUAGACCACGCUAAUGAAACGGCCUACAUAAAUCAAACAUUUCCGGAGUUGGUCGAGAUCACUGGAUACCUUGUGUUGUACAGAGUAAAUGGUCUGAAGAGCAUUGGUCGACUGUUUCCCAACUUGGCGUUAAUUCGUGGUAACUCCCUCUUUAUAGAAUAUGCCCUCGUAGCAUUUGAGAUGAUGCAUCUGCAGGAAAUUGGCCUACAUUCACUCACCGACAUACUGCGUGGUGGAGUAAGAUUUGAGAAGAAUCCAGCACUGUGUUACGCUGACACUAUUGACUGGAACUUGAUUCUCAAGGACAAGGACAAGGAGAUAAAAGACAUUGCGCACAUUGGAGGAAAUAAACCAAGAAAUGGCUGUCCGGUUUGCGACAGACACUGUCCAGCCCGACAGACGAAUAAAGACGAGACACUCUGCUGGAACAGACAACACUGCCAGAAAGUUUGUGAUAAAGCUUGUGGAGACCGUACAUGCGCGGCUCACGAUCCCUCAAUUUGCUGUCAUUCCUUAUGCCUCGGUGGUUGUAACGGGGGGGCAUCCCCUCAAAAUUGCACAGUAUGCAAGGACGUGUUUGUAGAUGGUAGCUGUAAGCAGGAUUGUCCACCAGGUAGCUACAAGUUCAUGAAACGUCGUUGUAUCGAUGAGAAUGAGUGUCGAAAAAUGAAGAAACCACGCGAGGCAUACAGCAACAUAAAAGACUACCCCUACAAACCCUUCAACAACACCUGUCUCAUAGACUGUCCCCCUGGUUUCAUGGAAGAGGAAAAAGAUGGCAGACCAACAUGCAAGAAGUGCGAUGGCCUCUGCCUGAAGGAAUGCUCAGGUGCAAAUAUAGACAGUAUUCUAUCAGCUCAGAAACUCAGUGGUUGUACCCACAUAAAAGGUAGCUUGGAAAUUCAAAUACGUGGAGGAAAAAAUAUAGUGAAAGAGCUCGAGGAGAGUCUGAGUAUGAUUGAGGAAAUUGACGGUUACCUGAAGAUUGUGCGAAGCUUCCCUUUGAUAUCCUUGAACUUCCUGAAAAAUUUGCGAAGCAUUAAGGGCCAAUACUUGGACAAUGGAAAGUACACGCUAGCCGUACUGGACAAUCAAAAUUUACAAGAGCUCUGGAACUGGGAGACUCAUCCAGGAAUAAAAAUUGGAUCUCCUGACGGUGAUGCCAAAGUGUUCUUCCACUUCAACCCAAAGCUUUGCUUCCAAAAGAUCGAGACUCUCCGUCAAAAGGCCGGUCUCAAGGAGUUUACCGAUUUGGAAGUGGCCCCCAACAGUAAUGGUGAUAAAGUUGCUUGUAAUGUAACCGAGCUGAAGACAUUUGUGGCAAAGAGAACAUCAGAGGCAGCUUUGAUAAACUGGGAGCCCUUUCAACAUCACGAUCCUCGAUCACUCCUCGGUUAUGUUGUUUACUUCAUCGAAGCACCCUAUCAGAAUGUCACAAUGUACGACGGCAGGGACGCAUGCGGUGGUGAUCGUUGGCGUGUUGAUGAUGUAGCUGCCACAGAUACAACUGAACCCCGUUUGACACACAUACUCACGCAAUUGAAACCAUACACUCAGUAUGCUUACUAUGUUAAAACAUAUACUAUUGCUACUGAACGCUCUGGAGCCCAGAGCAAGCUCACCUACUUCACGACACUGCCAAGUCCCCCAGAUCCCCCUCGAGUACUUCUCACCUGGAGCAACUCCAGCAGUGAAUUGAUCAUUCACUGGACCGAGCCGACAAAUUCAAAUGGCAAUCUAACGCAUUACCGUAUCGUUGGUAAAUGGGAGCCGGACGAUCCGACAUUUCUUGCGCAGAGGAAUUACUGCAAAGAGCCAAUGCAUUUGCCUGAAAAGAGAACAGAAGCGGAACGAGUGGAGGAGGAGCGUAAACGCGCUGAGACAGAGCGUGAGCUUACCAAAAUCCCGGAGCAAGCAGCAUGCGACUGCGCUGAUCGAGAGUCUGAUCAAUUAAUGAGGGAGAAGGAAGCUUCGAGCUCUAUUGCCUUUGAGGACGCCCUGCACAAUCGUGUGUACGUCAAGAGGAUUAAUAAUCGAAGAAAGAGAAAUACUAAUGGCUACUCAAUCAUUGGAGAGCCUGAGGAUUCAAUCUAUGAUGAAUUUUUCGGGGUUGUUGUCGAUAGCUCAAGCAUCAAGACUGAUUUUGGACACGAAUUGGUCACUUCUAUACGCAAACGUGCAGCUGAACCGCCUCAUCAACAACCAGCCCCUGAUAAAUUUCUGAACGGUGGAAUUAUUUCAUUCGAGCGUCGCGUACCCAGUGACAACAAGUCAUUUGUCAUGAGAAAUUUACGAAAUUUCGCGGCGUACAAUAUCGAGAUUCAGGCUUGUCGUCAGCAAGUGGCUAAUGAAACUGAUCUCUGCUCGACUAAAACAAUGCGAACAUAUCGUACACUUCAGCUUGAGGGGGCUGACAAUAUACCAGCGGGCUCAUUCAAAUACGAACUCAUUGGUGGUAACAAUAGCCAGCAAAUGGUGAAACUCGAGUGGGACGAGCCGAAACAGCCCAAUGGUAUCAUUGUUACUUACCACAUUGAGUACAAGCGCAUUGAUAUUCAGAAUUUUCAAGCAACACCCAUCUGCAUAACUCAGCGUGACUUUGCCGCUGCUGGUAAAUCUUACGUACUCAAGGAUCUGGCGAGUGGUAAUUACUCGGUGAAGGUGAGGGCCACCAGUCUUGCAGGAGCUGGGGCUGACUCUGAGACGCAGUACUUUUAUGUAGCUGAGUAUAAUCCCAAUGGAGUUCUUCGUAUUAUCCUUUGGUGUGCAUUCGCCAUGACUUUUGUUCUGUUCUUCAGUGGUGUGUGGCUAUUCAAACGCAAGCUUAUACACAAUAUGCCCAGUCGGCUCAUUGCCACUGUCAAUCCUGAAUAUGUUAGUACUGUUUAUGUGCCGGAUGAGUGGGAAAUGCCGAGAAAGAAAAUUAGAUUGCUGAGGGAACUUGGUAAUGGCUCGUUUGGAAUGGUUUACGAGGGCUUUGCCAAGGAUAUUGUCAAGGGAAAACCAGAAGUCAAGUGUGCUGUUAAAACAGUCAAUGAGAAUGCCACUGAUCGGGAGAGAAUUGAAUUUCUCAAUGAGGCAUCUGUUAUGAAGGCCUUUAACACCCAUCAUGUUGUUAGGCUACUUGGUGUUGUAUCACGUGGUCAGCCGACUCUUGUUGUUAUGGAAUUAAUGGUGAAUGGAGAUUUGAAGACUUAUUUGAGGAGUCAUAGGCCCGAACAGUGUGACAGUCUGACUCAUUUGGCGAGGCAUCCACCUACGUUGCAGCGGAUAUUAAGAAUGGCCGUGGAGAUUGCUGAUGGAAUGGCUUAUCUAUCCGCUAAGAAAUUUGUUCAUCGUGAUUUGGCAGCUCGUAAUUGCAUGGUUGCUGAAGAUUUGACCGUGAAAAUUGGAGAUUUUGGAAUGACUAGGGAUAUUUAUGAGACUGAUUACUAUCGGAAGGGGACCAAGGGACUACUUCCGGUUAGGUGGAUGGCACCGGAGAGUCUCAAGGAUGGAGUUUUCACGAGUUCUUCGGAUGUAUGGAGUUAUGGUGUGGUACUGUGGGAAAUGGUUACCCUCGCUUCGCAGCCGUAUCAAGGUCUCUCUAAUGAUCAGGUAUUGAGAUAUGUGAUUGAUGGAGGUGUGAUGGAACGACCCGAGAACUGUCCGGAUUCUCUGUACUUUCUAAUGAGAACGACUUGGAAUCAAAAAGUCAACAAAAGGCCGACAUUCAUCGACAUUGCCACGAUGUUACUGGAAGAGAUGGAACUCGAGGGCUUCUCAGAUGUCAGCUUUUACCACAGUCCAGACGGAAUUGAGGCGAGAAAUCAAAACAGUCAAAACUCCCCAGGGAUCGACAAGGAUUUCGAUCUAACUAUUGAAGAGGUUCGUGAGGAUCAAGUUGGGGGCGACGAGAAGGCCCCUCUGCGUCGUGAUUUUGGUGAUUUUGCCAGCAUAGAGCCGAAGGGUGGGAAAAAUAGUGGAAAUUUACGGCAUGGCCCUGCGCUACUCGGGGAAAAUUCAAAACUAGUAACAAACUUACAAGACUUGAAUUCCUCAAAAUUACCCCUUAAAACAGGCUUCGAUGAAUUAGACGGUGGAACCGGUGGUGGUUCCUUACCCUUAACCUCAAACCAUAAUCAUCAUGAUUUUCCAUUCGUUGAGGAGGGCCUGACGUCAGUUAAAACUUCCCCGUCCAUUUCGAAAAAUAGUCCUCCAUGCAACAGUAUCAGUCCUGUUUCGGGGCAAAAUUCACUGAGUCCACAGAAUCUAAAUGCUUCGUUGAAUAGCAAUCGUGGACGAAAUAUGCUUCACGUUAAAACCCCUGAUUAUGAGAACCGCAGUGCUGAGGCAAUAUCGUCAAUUGAAACUAAAGACACUGUCUCCCUGAAAAUAACAUUUCCAACGCCUGUUGAGGUCGAGGCUGAUGUAAUAUCCGACGACGAUAAAGAUAAAUCAGUUGAUUAUUCUAAAAAAACGGAGAAUCUUAAUAAUGGUUAUAUCGGUGGUACAACAACGUAGUCCUUGAGAAUUUCACGGAAUUUAACGUUGAGGAGCUUUUAUACAAAUCCCUUAGAGUUUCAAAUGACAAAAUCAUUGACAUCGUAAAGUUCACCAAUGAGAAUAAUCACCAUGUGUGGUUGAAUUUUGAUUUCAAAUCAUUAUGCAAUGAGUUAUAACUUUUCGAGAAUGAUUAACUAAUUUCGUAUCCAUUUUUUCAUUUCCUUAUGAUAUGUUAUAUAAUUGCCGAGAUGGUAUUUAAAAUUGUUCAUAUGAGGUAAAUUUAUCCCAGUGAAAUUAAUCACAUUUUCGUCAAUUCUACGCACGAAAAAUAUUAAAAAGGGCGCUAGAACUCAAUCUUACGCUUAGCGGUACUAACUGAUAACUCAUCGUUUGAAAUAAAUUACGUAGGAGGCUAGCUGCUUUUUUAAAGAGAAACGAAAAACAUUGCGAUUAAAAGUUCAGGCUUCAGAAAUAAUAAAUGACGUAAGAUAUUACUUUUCUAAGGUCAAUAUUUCGUUCGUUAUCAAUAUCUCAUGGAAAAAUCAUUAAUAUUCAUUUGAAAUAGCCUUUACCAUGCUAUUAUUGUUUGCUGAUCAAAACAAAUCAGAGAAUAAUAAUUUAUUAUUCAAGAAUUUAAUUGAAAACAGAGGAAAUAUGCUUUUAAUUAUUAAUAUAUGAGAGCAUACAGACUGUAUUUUUUACCCAGUGAGAGUCAAGAUUGAUUAACGGACAAAUGAAAUACUGAUCCUUCUCUCUCCCAAUUUUAAUGAUGAAUAAAUCAUUUGAAAAUCAGAAACGAACUGAGAAAAAAAAAUAAUAUAAAGAAUGAUAGAAAAGGUGGAAAUGUACAUACGAGCAACGCAAUACAGUUGAAACUAGAUAUAAUGAGCCUCAAAUACAAGACUGAUUAGCUAAUCCCCGCCCCUCUGUCCCUCUCCCUGUAAAAUCUCAUCAUAAUCCUCUCCCCUUCCCAGUAAGUGAAAAAAAAACGAAAACAAUAUGAAUAGUUCCACAAUGUUUUUGUUCAUUGUUCAUGCGUUAAUGAAAAAAUGCCAUCCUUAUUUUUUUCUCAUUCACUUCGCAACAUGUCCGCUUUGAGUUAAAAAAAACAACAUAUUUUUUAGCAAAUAAUGGUAAUUAAUUCUAGUACCAGUGACCUAAUAGAAAGUACCUACAUUUAUUUUUAAUGCUUUACACGUUAUUACAUGGUAAAAACCAAUACGUUGAAGAAGAAUUUAAUUAACAAAAAGAAGUUGACCGAUAAUACCGAUGAAGGAAGUGAAUAGUUGAACGGAGGAAAAACAUUUUUUUGUACAGAAUAUAAACGUAAACGUAUCAAUUGUAACAAAGUAAUGAAAAAAAGGAAGGAAAAACUAAUAAAUAGGAAAAUGAAAAAUGUAAAUCUUUUAGUAAUUAGCCCACAAUUCAUCCUAGAAAUUUUUCGUAGCUAAAAAAAUGAAAAAAAAAUCGUUAGGCAGAAGGAAAGGGAAGUGAGAAAAAAAUUAAUAAUUAUUCAUAGCUUAGCUCUCUCUUGAUCGAUAAAAAUAUAUUUCGAUAAUUGAGGUACUUCUCUCAGUCAUCAUAAUUUUAAUUUCUCAUCUUUGACUCUACUUGAUGUAUCAUUAUCAUUUUGCCUGCUUUCCUUUCACAGUUGAACUCACACUCUACUGCCUCAUGUCAGUGCCAAUAAUAAGAAAAUUCACAUAAACGCGUUAACCCUCGAAAUACAUAAGAAAAAAAUAUGAAGGACUCUCAAACUGGAGUAAUAACAAUACCGCUUACGAAAUGUAUUACACGUUACCCGCAUAAAAUACAGAAACAACAGUUUUUCCGUGAAAAAUGUUAUCAACUCAGAUAUUGCGGCGUCAGUCGCAUACUCAAUGUAUUAUGUAAAAUAGUUUAAAAAACCAAAAGCCUCGCUCGUAUUUUCAAGUAUUCAAAUGACUAGUAAAAUUUUUGAAUGAUGGGAGGAAAAUAAAAAAGUUAUUGCUUAGAUUAUUGAGAGAUUAGACAUAUAUUUGCAUACACUACAGACGAGAACUAUUGGAUCGAUAUCAAGAGAGCUGGACACGUCGAAAGAGCAAUGUUUGAACUUUAAUUGUAAACAUAAAAAAAUCUGUGGAUAUUAACAUGUGCUUGGAAUUUGAGUGAGUGAAAACAAGGCGCUGUUCAACGUAUUAUUUCUUUCAUUGUACUGAGACUACGCGCUCGAUUCACAGCUACUCAAUGCAAAAAAAAAUCAACUAUCCUCGUGACACAACUAGACAUUAAUUUAAAUUAAUAGGAAAAGUUUGGUUGAUGCUUGAAUGAACUUAUGAAACAGAGUACCGUGGAUACAAAUACAAACUUCCCUUAUUCUCAUUCAAAUUGUACACGAUAGGCACAUAAAGUCUCACGUUGCAGCUUUAGAAUUCGUAUCCGCAAUUCAAUAGCUUCAUUGUUUCCCUUUUUGAGGCUGUACAAGUUUUUCCUAUACUGCUGAAAAUUGCUCUUGUAAUAUCAAGUAAAAAUUUACAUUUUUUAACAACACAGAGAAUGAAGGUUUAUGACUUCCAACGCUGAGAUGCUGAAAUCGAGAGCCUUGAAUUCUUCAAAAAAGAAAUCAUUGGGUGCAGUACCAGUUUCGAUGUCUCAUUAUGAUUAAGGAAGACAAUUGGAGAAAACAAGAAUGCCAAUUUGAGAAGCUCAAGAUUUGUAGUUCCAAAAUUCGUAGUAUUCGAUUUCAGAACCUCAGUAUCCUGAUUUAAAAAUUAUAUGUCCUGGCUAUGUUUGGCUGGAAUUCAGAGUCGGUGACUGAAGGCCCGAAACUCUUCGUCAGUUGUACGGAACAAAGUAUUCAAUAACCAUGAUAGCUAAUUAUUUCUCUCCGAGUGCGAACGGUACCAUUACAUUAAAAGUUUCGUAUUUUUUAAUUUAAAAAACCAGCCAAUGACUGCGUAAUUUCCGUUACGAAUUCAGUUUAAAAAUUGAUAAACGAUUUGAUGUUAAAUUCACAGUAUGAGAAAAUUAGAUGCAGCUUGAAUUGCAGGAAAAUUGCUUGCAAUGUAUAGUGUUUUAAUUUUACUAACUACCGCAAUAAUUCACCGAGCGGAAUUUCUCCUUGAGUGGUUAUCCCUUGAAGUUGUUGAUAACAUAAAACAAUAUGCGUAUCGUUUUGAAACUCAUUCAGUGCUCCUGAAUGGAGCAUUUAGAAAAUAACAAUUGACAUUAACUAAGAAAUUGAAAUAGUGCAAUCAAAUAGCAGAAUGAAAAAUAGUCGAGUAGCGGAUAGAAAAUUUUUUGAAGAGGUGAAAAUCGAAGAGGGCAGGUUUUUUUAAGAGAUCAACAAUCAUCAGACAUUUGUUGCAGCAGUGUGCAAUUGUCUAUUAAACACUUAAUAAUAGACACAAUGAAUAGAUCUCUAAUUAAACGUGCUCAAAUUCAUAGGUUUGCUCAAUAACCAUUAUCACACCGCGGUGCCUCGCAGAAUUUCAUUUUUGUUCUGAAGACAAAGACAACAGACGACUUUUCAAUGUACAAUUUCAGUUUUACCAAUUCUCUAGUCCUCUUACUUCCGAAAGUUCAAUGAAAUAGAUGAAAAUGAAAACACUGACAGUUUAAAUAGUAAGCGGUGAUUGUUGUGGUGAAAAUUAAAUCAACAGAACAUUUGGGGGCAGCAGUUGAUGCUUGCGUCAAUAUAUUUUUUUAUCAACACGAGAGUAAACAUUAACAUGAUGAACUUCCGGUAUUGUUAAACUAAAUGUUCCUACCAAUUGCCAUCGGGGAACAUAAACACAGAUAUGAGCGUAUUUCGUAAAAUUAAAGCGAGUGCGCAAUUUGUUUUUACGUGAAAUAUAAAUGUUAAAUUUUUUUCAAACCAAAUUCACCAUCGUAACUUCUCUUUGAAUUUGAUAACUUCAGAAAUGUUUUACGUUCGAACGUGAAAUAAAUGUGACAUAAUUGGGUAUACGUAAUCUUGUGAGUCGUUAGCAUUCAUCGAAAAAUCUAAUGCAUAAAAAAACAUUAAUUAAAAAAUAAGAUAUGGCUGACAUGCAAUAUCAUAUCGUUACAUGCUCAUCAUAUUCCAAAUGCGCUUCUGCAAAUUCACCAUAAAUCAUGCGCAUCUCUCGUUCAUUUCACAGUUAUCGAGGAGUGUAAGGGGUGAAUUUAGCUAUUGAAAAAGAUAAAUUAGGAUAAAAGCGGAAUGAUAAAUCGAUCCCUCAAAAACACGAAUGAGGAAAAAUUACUGGAACUUAUGAUCACGAGCUCUAUGACUCGCGUCAUUGCCACAAUGAAGGAACAUCAAAUUUGUGAAUGCGUAAAUAUAAUAUUUAGGACUUAAACCAAUCGUGACACUACGAAUUUUAAUGAAUUUGAAUGGAAAUUUAAAUGUAAAGCCACAGAAUACGAACGAAAUCAUUUGAAACCUAAAAGAUGAGUGUUCUGCGGCGUCUUAGCCAAGCCUACGUUUCACGCUUGAAGUGCGACUAAUCGAGCCCUGAGAAACAUCUCAAAAUUAAAUAAAUAAAUUGAGAAAUGGAGAACAAAACACCACUAUCGAUUAAUUGUAUUUAAUGCUAACUGUAAUAUAUACUAUAGGAUUGUUCAAAGAAAUGGACAAAUGGCAGUUCCUCAGCAGCUGCAUAUUUGAGCUGAAUAAGAGAAUUUUUGUUUUAAUGAAAAUUAUAAAAUGAAUAAUCGGGAAGACAUAGUCUGUCCGAAUCGUGCUUACCUAAUGUAAUAUCUGAUUAUCUGACUAUAUUAUAUAUAAACAAUUAUGAUUACGUUAAUGCUGUAUGCAAUGAGGGAGGAAAAACAAAUUUUAUUUACCAAAUACCACUUUUUUAAUAAAAGAAACAAUCGAAAAAAAUCGUUGAAUGGAUCUUACUCUCUCUCUGAGUGACUAUUCCUGCUGUAUUUAUUAAAUUCCUCAUUUAGGUCAUAAGAAAAUUAAAAUAGUGUACUUAUGAGAUAAUUCCAGCAUUAAUAUCAAGAACGAAAAAAAAAUCCUGAGCAUGAAAAGGAUGAAAAUAGGAAAAAGAAAAAGUGCAGAAUGUACUUGAACUUUAGAUUGAAAAAGAGAGUCUUCAAGUGAAUGUAAUUAAUUCUUAUUUAUUUUGAUUAAAUACCCCAUUUAUUAUUUCA